GCCGCGGUGGGCGCGCGGCCGCUGAGUGGCCCGCGCGUGCACGAGGGGCUGGGUUCCAGAUGGAGCAGGAAUAUUGGUGACAUGUGCUGGUAUCACGGUGACUCUGAACCUAUGUUUUUUUGUUUUGUUAACAUUUCAUCCCUUGUAGCAGAAUGAGUCGGCUCUUUGUUUCACUCGUUCAUUUCAUCAUAAUACUGGCUGCUGCUCAGGGCUUUACAGAUGGUGAUUUGAAGGUUAAUUGUCUUGAGGAUGAAAUCACAGUGAAGGCUGGAGAAGAUCUUGUUAUUAGCUGCCAUUACCAUCCUGCAGAUGAACCGAGUGCCAUUGCUUUCAACUGGAUGAAGAUGGAGACUAUGGGGAUAAUCUACAAUUACACAGUGAGCCAUAGCAGUGUGGGAGAGCAGAACCCCAGCUACCAGGACAGAGCUGAAGUCUGUGAUAAUGAAAUCCCGAAAGGGAAUGUGUCCCUGAAAUUGAAGAAUGUGACUCUGUCUGAUUCAGGAAUCUACAGACUCUCUGUCACCAACCAAUCCCAAAGUCAUGAGAUUAUGGUUACAGUGGGAGUAAGAGCUGUUGGUGAGCAGCCAGUCAUCCACUCCUACGUCACUGACCAGGGCGUCCCCAUGUUGGUCUGUGAAUCAUCCGGAUGGUUCCCAGAGCCAACUGUUCUCUGGGAAAAUGGACAUGGGAUGCAGCUAACCAAAAAUGCGCAGACGGAGAGAAUCAACAGUACAGAUGGGAUUAUCCACAUGAGGAGUACAAUCAGGUUAGACCAUGGAUCUGUCAGCAAUUACACCUGCACCAUGAUGGACCAACACUUGGGCGAAGUGGUCUCAUUUGUCUUUGUAGUUCUGAUUGCAGGCUCACCUUGGAAUAUCGUAAUUGGUACGGCUGGGACCAUUGUCUUUUCUGUGAUUUUGGCUGUUUCAAUUUACUGGAGUUGGUGAUCAGAUGGAAAAGGUGCGUGUGGGUUGUUCCUGUGUGACUGUCACUGAAGACUCUGUUGGUUUAAAGGAUAAACCUGGUGUGAGCGCAAGAGGAACUGCAGCGGGUGAAAGGAAAAUUUUUCUACCCUCUACACAAGGACUUGUUCUCUUUCCUAUUGGAAGACACCAGAGCCAACAGAGUUUCAGCGCUCGACCUUCCUGAGUGCAGUUCUUCAGAGAAAUUAGUGCCUUUUUAAAAAAAUAACUUGAUUUUGCACCUUACAGUCUGGUCUCAACACUGUGUCUAACAGUUUCAACAUUAACCUUGCUUAUCACAGUGAAGUUCAAAUCUAACUAACUCUCAAUCAGGAAUUCGGCAGCUUGAAAGAUUGUGAUUUGCACUAACUGCUGAAUUUCUGCUUUAUAACUGGCAUCCUGUUUAGUAUGCUGAGAGCUCAGUUUGAAUCAUCCGAGUCACAGUGGGCUUUGCAGAGUUUGCACUGUUGUGGACUCUACAGAACUUAUCCCCUUCCCUUGGGACAUGAUAUAAGCUUGUCAAAAUCUAAAUAAAGUAGCGUAGAAAAUUCAUUUCCCUUGGCCCCAGUUACCCUGACAAGCCCCAGGACAGCAUCGUGUUCAGUUUUCAGUGUUUCAUUUUCUACUCAUACAAGAGUCAUGGUGCUUAACUCUGUAAAUGUUAGAUUAGCGUCAUCUUUCCAUUCUGUGGGACUUGCUGCUAAGUUUUUCUAACACAGGAGGCAGUCAGUAUAUGCUACGCCAAUCUAUAUCAAACCCCGCUCUCCUGUUCUUCCUAAAACCUUACAACUUUCUCUGCUUCAGAUCUACCAUUCCCCAGAAAGGUACAAUGGUUUCAACCUAGAAAGCAUCCUGCAGCUAAACACCAAUUCAGAGUGAAGUAGUAUUUUCUUAACAUCUCUUCUUACUCUCAGUGACUAUUCUAAUUGAUCGCUGCUCGGCCAGAGGUAAUAGUUUUUCUCCAACUCAGCCUGCAGAACAUUUUUUUUUUAAAAAUGUAUUACUUUUGUCCUGUUAUGAAGUGGAAGGAGGAGCUGAGAUCUCCUUCUGAUUGCUGGCAUUGAGUUAGUUUUCUCACCCAAUUCCACCAAUUAUAGAAUUGGCCCAGUGCUCCAAGUGUGGCUGUACUAGUCCCUGUGCAGCAAUAAUUUAAUGUAGAAGAACUGUCCAGAAAGUUUUACUGGUUCCUGAGAUUUAGGCUGUAUUCCAAGAUCUGAUUCGUUUUCCUUAUCAAUAUUGCACGCUGCUUUUGGUUUUGUGAGCUACCUGUCAAUACAUCACGUCCUCUUUCUAUGUUUUGUCAUGCAGACUAGAACUGUUUAGUUUAUAUUCUCCUUCCCUAGUCCAUUAUCUUGUAUUAUCUAGCAUUCGUAACCUUCAAUCCCUGUUUUCAUGCACUUCUGAUAAUUCAAUCUCAAGCCAGUUGGUGAAACAUGAAACCAGACACUAAUACUUUUCUUGAUAAUAGGUUUAUUUACAGAAUGCAGCAUUAAAUAUGUCUGCUUCCUACCUACCACCCCAGUGUCCCAACAGUCUCCGUUCUUUUGAGCAUACCUUUAACAAGUAGGCAAAUAAACAAAUCAAAUUAAAGUGACAGCUUCUUAAAGGGGUACUGUAACAAAAGAGAAAAAUUUUAAAGGAACCUUAUCGAAUUGGGGACUGAGGAAGCACUUCAGCCCCUGCGAUGUCCAUUGGCCACGGAAAGCCAGUCUCUGUUUAUAGUUUUUUGAGCUCACCUUUAACAGAUAUAAACAAAUAAGUAGGCAAAUAAACAAAUCAAAGCGAUAGCCCCUUAAAGGGGUAGUCUCUGUUUAUACUUUUGUUUUGAGUACCAAUAAAAAUAAAUAACAAAUAAACUAAUGAAUAAAUUAGCAGCCUCCACUCCCUUUAUACCCUUUUGAGUACAACUUUAACAAAUGGGCAAAUAAACAAAUCAAUUUAAAAAUGAUAGCUCCUUAAAGGGGCAGCCUCUGUUCAUAAGUGCUCUAGAUAUUUAAUUAAAGAAUGGCCUUCACUUGUGUAUCUUAAACAAUAUAAUUAACAUACCAUUAAAAGCCUCUAGGUCACUAAUUUGUUUUGAUGGUGUGUGAAGCUGUAGGUCUUAAAACGGGGUGCUGGGUCCACAUCGUGCAAAUGACAUGUUUAAAGUGUGACUUUCCACUUUGUACAUUUUACUGUGAAGAGGGGGAGUGAAUUUGUGUAGAUUGCAAAAGAAUCCCUGAAGGACUGCGCUCUGUUUUUGUGUUCUUUGUAACGUUCGUAUCUGAAAUGCAAGCUUCACUUUGCCAUAUGCUGCUGUAACAGUCCAUUGUUGGAAAUGAAGAGCAGGGAAUGUUAAACACUGCUAUAACUGUCCUGCUGUUAAAUAGAUAUGAAAUAGAACCAUACGGCCCUGCUCCACUACUCAAUAAGACACGGCUGAAUCAUAUGCUAUCCCCAUAUCUCUUGGUGUCCAGAAAUCUAUCACUCUCAGACUUGCAUAUGCUCAAUGGCUGAAUCCUCUGGAGUAGGGAAUUCCAAAAAUUUACAGCCCUUUGCGAGAAAGCCUUUCUCAUCUCAAAAAUAAAUAGUCAACCCCUUAUCCUGAGACUGUGCCCACAUGUUCUACGCUGUUGGGAAUGGGAGCAAUUGGCUGUACUGGCCUUGAAGCCUCGUUCCAUAGCUCUCUUCAGUGUUGCUUCAUUCCUUGUCCUCUUCCGUUUACUUCUGGCUGUUUUAUAGAUUGUAUUUCUGUUCUGCAGUAAAUAAGCAUUUGGUUAAUUUGGAUUUACUGUGUAAGGAUCUUUAGUAACUUCGAGCUCAUUAACUUGCCAUGUGCUAUUGCAUGUUGUGUGGCGCAAGUGUCACUGUGCUGUUUUGCACUUUGCAUACUAUCAGGAUAGCAUCUUUUCAUAUGCCUAGGGCUGUCUCACUGUGCUUUUAUAGGCAAUUUGAACGCUGCAGUUUUUUAUACGCUUUAUACUGUGAAGCCAAUCAGUUCUCUUUCUUUCUUUCUGUUGUAAUUUCUAAUCUCAUUAUUCUGUAGGUGCUCACUCCACUGAAUGCUAAUUUAAACCCUCCCUGUUUAUGCUGUAUAAAUGCCUGCAUCCUAGGGUUAGGCUAUGAGUGCAGGAGUUCACACCAGGGUCAUGGCACCUUAUAUCAGAACCAGGGACAGAUAAUUGAGUCAAAAAUGUUAUUUAUUUUGACUUCCAGAAGGCAUUUGAUAAAGCCUCUCAUAAGAGACCGUUAGCUCAAGUUGAAGCUCAUGCAAUUGAAGGUAAAUUAUUGACCUGGUUACAAAAUUAGCUAAGUGGCAGGAGACAGACAGUAGAGAUAACGGACAAGUACUCCAAUUUGCAGCAGGCAACUAGUGGUGUCCCACAAGGAUCUGUGCUGUGGCCACAGUGAUUCUCCAUAUUUAUUAAUGAUUUAGAUGGUGGAAUAAAAAUCCGCAAAUCCAAAUUUGCUGAUGGCAUAAAGCUAAGUGACAUUUUAUGUAUGGAAACAUAAAAUUACAAAGAGACAGUGAUAGAUUAAGUGAAUAGGCAAAACUGUGGCAAAUGGGUUUCAAUGUAGGUAAAUGAGAAGUCAUCCACUUUGGAGCCAAAUAAAAUAAAAAUGGUGAAAAAA